AUUGCAUUUCCGAUUGAUUCGCAAAAAAAAAUGUUUGUUUGUUAUGGCUAUAUGUGUUUUGUUUGUUGUUUGUUGUUGUUUACAAAUUCGAGCUAGGCCAGGUUGCCAUAGGAACAGCCAUCUUGUGUGAAUGAUAAAUAUACAAAACAAAAUUCUUCAGUUCAGAUGGAAGAAUCAACUAUGAGGCGGCAACAAUCCACAAGCGAUGAACCAAGAAAGAAAGUUACUGGAAGCCAAAAAUCGAUUCUUAAGACAUCGGAUAGCGAACCGAAAACAGAAAAAUGGUUGUUGGCCAAUCAUGAUGACCAGGCUCAUAUAUCGACCGUUUCGGCUAAUAUGACUUUAGCCGAUCUUCAUCAUGAUGGUGAUUAUCGAUUGUUGAUUGGUGAUCUUGGUCUUUUUCAAACAAAAACAUCGGCCAAAUUGAAAGUAUAUCAUGGAACAUUUUUACAAUCGGAAAAUCUUUUGGUUGAUUUACCGUGCGGUGUUGUGGUCGUUCAUAAUGAUAAACCCGAAUUGACUGCUUCGGUAAUCGUGGCUUCCAGUUCCUAUCUCUAUGUUUAUCGUAACAUGAAACCAUUUUACAAAUUUUCAUUGCCACCGCUUGAAACUAAUUCAAUCGAAUUGAAUGCAUGGACUCAAUACAAAGAAGGUAAGAUUGAUUUGAUAACAUUGGAAGAAACUCUACAAAAUCUUAGUCUGGAAAUUGGUCCACGUCAACUUACUUCCAGGACAUUGAUGUUGCUCAAUACAUCCACAUCAGAAAUGAAAAACAGUAUGGCCGAACAUUAUAAAAAUCAAGAAUUACGUAAACUAAAUGUUGUAACUUGUAUGGCUUUGUUGAAAAAAACGGUAGCCGAAACAAAUGCUCCUUCCUGUUUGAUCAUAGGAACCGAAAGUCAAAAUGUUUAUAUUCUUGAAGUGGAAGCAUUUACAAUGCUUAGUACGGCUACAUUGGCAAGUAUUCCGGUAUUUAUUCAGGCUAGUGGUUUAUUUGAUGUAGAAUAUCGAAUAUUGUUUGCUUGUCGUGAUGCACAUAUCUAUCUAAUCAAACGUGGUUACGAUAGUGGUCGUCUUUGUAUCCAGUUGAAUUCGCAACCAGUUGGUUUGGCUAGAAUUGGUACCAAUAUUUAUGUUGCAGCUAUGGAUCAAACGCUGAGUAUCUAUACGAACAAAGGUAAUCGUACUUGGAACAUGAAACAAUCAGCAAAUAUUACCACAAUGGAAGAAAUUACACUUGAACGACAAGCAUUAAAUUUGGUAGCCGUUGCUUUGACCAACAAAACUGUUGUAUUUUAUAAUGAUCGUAAAUGUGUGGACACGCUUUAUCUGGAUGAUGUAGUUGUCGCAAUGAAAUAUGGUCGAUUUGGACGUGAAGAUAAUACAUUGGUUAUGGUCACUGCAAAUGGAUCGCUUAUUGUUAAAAUUCUUAAACGAACAGCUCAAUUUCAAUUGAGCAUUGAACAAUCAUAUGAUUUGGACAGAACAGUUGGUUCUUCGCUAAGCAUUGGUAAUAAUUCAACAGCCAAAUUGGUUAUACCGAAAAAAACAAAAUUGUUUGUCGAUCAAACAAUGCGUGAACGAGAACAAUAUCUUACCAUUCAUAAAACAUUUGAACAAGAAUUGGUUCGUUUAAAAUUAUCUGCAUACAAAACAUAUGCAAAAGCUUUCAAAUCGAAUCUGAAUCCAAUUUCAUUAAAACGUUUUGAUUCAAUCAAAUUAUCGGCCAAAGUGAUUGGAUUAGGUCCAGUAUUUCAGAUUCAAUUGGAAUUACAGAAUAACAAUGCUGAUAAUAAUGAUUUUCUUACCGAUUUAUUAAUGGUUUUUGAUUAUGAUUCAAAUAUUUAUCGUCUCGCAUUGAAUGUAAUACGUAUUUCAUGUUUAUUACCUAAUCUAAUCUAUCGUUAUAAUAAUCAAGUGACUUGUAUCAAUCAGCUAAACGUAUCUGAUUCGAUCAAGAUCUAUAUAUCGCAUGUAAAAGAAGAAAUUCCAUUGCUUACGGUUAUUAUCAAUAUGCCACGCAGCGAACAACAAUUUGAACAAUAACAGCCACAAUAAUAACAACCAACUUUAUUCUGACAACAAAAAAAAAAAGAAAUUGAUUUUUUCCAAAAAUGAUUAUAAAUUAUUAAAUAUGAAUGAAUGAGGCAUUGAUAAUUGAUUGAAGCAAUAAAUUACACUGCGUUUCUAUGUGCGUUUUGUUUUUGGUUUAA